GUGCGACCGCUAGCGCCACAAGGAGGCACGGCACCCUGCCGUGCUUAACAGCACGGUAGAGGAGCCGGUUCCGCAACAAGUAGACAGAAAAAAAUGCCGUCCGUGCGGAGAGCCUCGGACGCCGAGGCGGCGGCCUCGGAAGGAGAGGCGACGGCUGGCUCUCCGGCGAGCAGUGGUCGCGGGUGCUGCUCCGCCCCCUCGGCCGCGCGGGCGGCGUGGUGGCGGCGGUUGUUUGGUGGCUGGUCUUCGCGUGCGGUCUUCUCCGACGGACGGCGCCAGAUCUGCAGAGAUAAUCCAGAGAAUUUAACCAAAGUGUUGGCUGAGGCAGUGAAGUGUGCACAAGCUCUUAAGACCGAUGAUCUGAUUACUGACACUAGAGUUAAGGAAGCUUUUGCAGAGCUGAUGAAUAAAGUGUACCCGCAUCUACCUGAGAGUCUACAGGAUCAACUGAUUGCGGAUUUCAAACUCAAUAUCCUCCGUCGGGCACAAGAGAAAAAUACUCCCCCAGUUGAGUUGAUGGAUUGUGAACAGAAGAAGAACUUCCUCGGGAAAAAAGGAACUCGUACCAAUACCUUGUGGAUUAUAGAAAAGCUAGUCCUGUUAGUCGGCAUAUCCUGCUUCAUGUACCUCAUGAGCCUCUAUGUCACCGAGAACUGAAAAGAGAAAGGGGAAAUAAACAUUUAUACAUGGGGAUUCAGUUGUAUUCUAAUCUCCGGACAACAAAAGCAGCAAUCUUUCAGCAUACCACAAGGAUGGGCUCUGCUUUGGUGCCAAAUAGGAUUUGUACCACUGGAAAGGAAGUGUGUCUGGUUUGAUGGCCGGUUAGCUGGUGUUAGUCUGUUUAUUUUUCAGUCUUAUUGUCUGUUUCUGCUGGGGUUGUGUCAAGACUUGAUGUGCCCUCUUGCUUUAUUUCAGUAAAGUUAUGUUGAUGUGCGGGCAUGAUGUAAUGAACUUUUGUUUUAAUGAAUAAGUUUAUUAAAGCAUAUAUGUUCUCCUCA